AUGGCUGCAGCUGCUGCGGGCCCACCACUCCGGGUUCGUCGUACAGGCCAGAACUCCUGGCCUCCGAAGCAUGCCCUCGCGAAGGCUUUGGAAUCGGACAACAAUAUCAGGGUGCUUUUCCGUGAAAACAAAAACCAGCUCCUGGUGUGGCCAAGCCCGGAGCUCGUCGGUUCAGCAACCAUGAAAGCCCUAUCCCUCAACGUCCACGUGGUACUGCAUGCACUAGACAUCUGGUGCGAGAGCACCGCCUUCCCGCAAGCGAUGGUUAUCGAUUGGCUGAAGCAAGAGGUUUUUCAUCUUCACAAGCUGAUGGUACCGGGAGUCGACUUUCGUGCUGUUGGCAUCUAUACCGAUGCCUGGGGCAUUAAACGACUGUCGUCCCUUGCUAUUCGCCGUUGGAAAGCACCUAUUGCAAGACUCAGAGAAGCUCGGUUGAUGUUAUGA